UGACAGUUGCACAAUCACCUUGCGAAAGCGAUGUUUUGAUUGAACUUUGAUUUUUAAAUUAUGUGCCUAAUUAACUUGUCCACUACAGUGUUAGUGACAAGCCACUUAGUUACUCCGGCUCCCCAAUUUGUUUAUAUAAUAAUUUGAAUAAUCGGGUGUAAUUCAUGACAUAACCUAAAAGCUAGAACAUCCUGUUAUAAUUUUAUGUAAGUUAGAACAAUAAUCGGUGUCGGAAGUUAUUGAAAAUGGAAAACGAAGGGAAAACUGUUAUACGUGUCGGUUCAAGGAAAAGCGAGCUGGCACUUAUACAGACAAAUUUUGUAAUAGACAGCUUGAAGAAAUUGCAUCCAGAAAAAGAGUUUACCAUUGUAACCAUGACAACCUUAGGAGAUCGGAUCCUAGACGUAUCCCUACCAAAGAUUGGGGAGAAGUCUCUCUUCACUAAAGACUUGGAAGAUGCUCUGAGGAACAACUCAGUGGAUUUUGUGGUUCAUUCAUUGAAGGACUUACCAACGUCUCUGCCGGAGGGGUUGGCUAUUGGAGCAGUGUUUGAAAGGGAAGAUCCUAGAGAUGCAUUAGUUCUCAGGGAAGACCUGAAGGAGCACACACUAGAGACUCUGCCAGAAGGUUCCGUCAUUGGCACAUCGUCCCUCCGCCGCACAGCGCAGCUCCACGGCAAACAUCCUCAACUGUCCGUCCGCGAUGUCCGCGGCAACCUCAACACUCGACUACGGAAACUAGACGAGAGCGGAGAAUACUCAGCGCUGUUGCUAGCCGCAGCUGGGUUACAGAGGAUGGGGUGGAGCGACAGGAUAUCUAAGAUCCUUCCAUGCGCAGAAUUGAAAUACGCCGUGGGGCAGGGCGCGUUAGCUGUCGAGUGUCGCGCCGACAACGACGCCAUAUUGUCUUUACUGGCCCCCUUCAACCACGCCGAGACAUAUUGCAGAGUUCUGGCUGAGAGGAGCUUUCUGAAGACACUCGGUGGAGGCUGCAGCGCUCCCGUCGGCGUAUCCACAAGGCUGAAGCCGUUCGACGCACAAUUCAAACUGUCCAUCACCGGGGCAGUGUGGAGUCUCGACGGUGCCACCACCAUAGAACACUCCCUCGACCAAACCUUCCCACAGAUAAGAAAAACGGUCAAGCACAAACUCAGCCCGGACGAAGAAAAAACCGGUAAAAAAAUAAAAACCGACGACAACACUAAUCCUAACCACCCUGAAGAAGUAAACAGAAGAAUAACGGAAAGGGCGAGAAAUUUGAAUUGCGAAGACACUAGGAGUUUAGAAGAGAUACUGGCCUUGAAAACGCCGAAGAUUUUCUGCGGGUUAAUAGAAAACUCGAACAUGCCUUUACAGGUUAUAGAAAAAUGUGAUGAAUUAGGUAAGAAUUUGGCGGAAUCUCUUAUUACUAAAGGCGCUUUAGAGGUUAUGAAGGUGACGCAGGACCUUAUUAGGAGUUCUACUGUUGUGAAAUCUUGAUUUUUGGUGAUUAUUUUUAAUAAUCAAUGUUGUAUAGGAUAUUUGCAGCUUGGCAAAAAAAAUAGUAGGAAAUAAUAGGGGCGCCACUGUCUAUGGAAACUUUGCAUAUGGUAACUAUUCUGAUACUUGUAUAAGAACAGAAAGUUGCUACGAUAAAAAAAAAUCCGUUUCCACUUUUUUUUGCCAAGCCGUGGGUACAUUAGAUUGGAUACUACUGCAUAGGCAAAGCCAUUCAAUAAAACGAUUAUGGGUUAACUGGUAGAGAAUACCUUAAACUUAAUGGCAUUAAGUUCGUAUUUUGUGCAAUAAAGGUUAAAAAGUGAUAUUCACACUGUGUCGGUAGUCAUAUUGAACCUUGUGCAAAUGUACUAAGGUGGCUAUUGCACUGCUAAAGUUAUGACAGAGUACAUAGACAAUCUUCGUAUGUUGACAUCGAAAAAUGUAUGUUCUGCAAUUAUGUUUUUGUAAAUAUCUAUAUUAUGCAAUAAAAUAAUUAUGUUCUUAGAAAUUUUAAGUGUCUAUCCAUAGGUAAGUAUUGUUAAAAAAAAUUUCCAAUUUUGCACGAUUUUUACUACAGAAGAUACUUGUCGAAUGUAAAGAAGAAAACGUCGUGAUUUAUUUAGAAAUAUAUUAAAUUAGUUAGCUUGUACCAAUCAUGUUGGGUGUUUGACAUAUUUUGGUUGUGACAAUUUUUCAUAAACAAACCAAUGGGAAAAAAUGUACAUUCUAAUAUAUACUGCUGUACUUGUUAUUAUGAACAAAUAAGUUUAUAUUGCAUAGUUUAAUUUUAGUGUACAUAACUAUGUGUACUUAUGAUGACAUAUUUUGUUGAAUUUUAAUUUUACUCGUUGAAUAUAUUGGUGACUGAUAUCGG